AUGUGCGCAGAUGAAAAGGAAAAAUUGGAUGCAGCGCAUAAAUCAACUAACAACUACGAUAUGCAUGUGUUCAAAGAGGAUGCACGGAGAACGAAUAUUGCGACCAGUGUCUAUUUAUUACUCGAUGCGAGAACAAUGGAGAAUGAGAUUAACCCAACCACGCGACGUCAGGAUUAG